AUGACCAUGGCAACUCAUCCGGCCAUUGUGACGGUGGGUCCAGGUCUCCCGCUAGAGAUCCACCAAGUCCCUACACCAACAACAACCGACCGCCAAAUUCGAGUUAGGAGCGAAUGGACGGCAUCAACCCCUCUUGACCUUCACCAAGCAGAUGGCGGCCUUCUUGUUAAGCAUCCUCAAGUCCUCGGCGAUGGCGUUGCCGGCAUAGUUGUCGAAGUUGGGCCUGACGUCUCCCGUUUCAGGGUCGGCGACAGAGUAUUCGGCUUCACCUGGCGCGAUCAAGCAGAAAAGGCUCAUCAAGAAUAUGUCGUUGCGCCGGAAUUUCUCUUCGGCAAGCUCCCCCACACAAUCAUGAUGCAGCAAGCCGUGACCGUCCCUAACAAUUUCGUGACUGCGUGGCACACAUUCACGAAAGAUUUCGGGUUUGAGCUUCCCUGGCCGAAACCAGAGGAUUAUGUACCGAGCGAAGCCAAGCAGUGGAUUCUAAUCUGGGGCGGCAGUUCAAGCGUUGGACAGUACGCGUUGCAGAUAUUGAAAUGGUUCGGGUACAAGAACGUGAUUGCGACAGCGAGCAAGAGGCAUCAUGAGAAAUUGUACAAGUACGGCGCUGCGAACUGUUUCGAUUACCGGGAGCGUGAUGUCGAGGGGAAGAUCGUCGAGUUUGUUGCGGGCAGCAACAGCAACAAUACCAGCAGUGGCAGUGGCAAUGGCAGCAUUCAUUAUAUUCUGGACUGUAUCGGCCGUUUAGAAGGGAGUGUGAUGCCCGUGAGCAGGACUGCCAAGGAUGGAGCAAAAGUUGCGGUUCUAUUGCCAAUCAUCGUCAAAGACGCAGCUGAGGGAAUCAAGCCAGAAUAUGAGAUGGAUGUUGGAAAGGUGGCUCGUUGGUCAGAGGGUGUGCAGGCGAUCGGGGUCCGGACGCAUUUUUACUUGGACAAUAAGUUUCUGGCGGAAAAGUUGCAGUCGGAGAUCAUGCCAAUGUUGUUGGCCGAAGGAGUUAUCGAGCCGAAUGAGCAGAUCGUUGUCGAGGGAAAGACGAUGCUCGAAAGGGAGGAGAAAGCGUUGUCGAUGUUAAGAAGGAAAGAAGUUAGUGGCGCGAGGUUGGUGUGGAGAGUUUCCGACUAG